AUGGCACCCACGGCCGUAGUCGACGAUGGGUCCGUAUCAACUCCCUCCAACCUCCCCUCCAAAUCUCAAUCCCAAUCCAAACAAGCUGCGGUUGAUACUUCAAUAUUCCCCGACGGAAUCAAGACCUCAGGCCAACAUCCGCCACUCUACGACAAACUGUACCCAUACUCUUCCUUCCCUAAAUUCAUUUCAGGACCAACAGUCUGGUCGGCCGAAGAAUACGCCGCGCACCCAGAACGCUGGACGCAUGUCUUCUCUGAAUCUGAAAUCCAGGCCCUCUCCGUCGCGGCCGAGAAUUUCCUCGCUCAAGGCACGCCAUUGACGGGCAUCAACCCAUCGAACUUCCCCCUUCCUGCGGACAUGACAGCCUCGAUCAAAGCGAUGCGCAACGAGCUCCUCAAUGGCAAAGGUUUCAUCCUAUACAAAGGCUUCCCGGUAGUAGAGUGGGGCACACAUAAAUCCGCCGUCGCAUACCUAGGCCUCGGCACCUACAUAGGCUACCCCGUGAGCCAGAACGGCCGUGGCCAUAUUCUCGGGCAUGUCAAGGACCUUGGCGAAGACAGUACGCAGAUCGACAAAGUGCGCAUCUAUCGGACGAACGCGAGGCAAUUCUUCCACGCCGACGACGGCGAUGUCGUGGGCCUCCUCUGCAUUGCUCGUGCCGAGUAUGGCGGCGAAUCCGACGUCGCCUGCGUCCAUGCCGUCUGGAAUAUCCUGCAGGCCGAACACCCUGAUGUCGCCGACCUCCUGACCCAACCAGUCUGGUAUUUCGACCGCAAAGGCGAGGUUUCGAAGGGCGAAGAGCCGUAUAUUCGCACCAGUGUCUUUUAUCUCGAAACACCGGACCCGUCUGACGACAAGGUAGAACAGCGCGUAUAUUGUAAAUGGGACCCGUACUACGUGCGGUCCCUGACGCGGUUUUCAGACAAAGGCAUCAUCCCCCCACUCUCAAAGGAGCAGUUGCACGCGCUCGAGACCCUUGAAUCUGUCUGCCGGGGUGUCAAACUGCAUAUGAUUCUUGAGGUAGGUGAUAUACAGUUCGUGGCCAACAGCCACAUUCUGCAUGCCCGUACAGAGUACAGAGAUUACCCGCCUGACAGUGGCAUGUUGAGACGGCAUCUCAUGAGGCUUUGGCUCAGUACGCCGGUCAGUGAGGGUGGGUGGAGACUACCGUUCCACGAUGCAGAUGAGAAGAAGAGGGGUGGGAUUCAGGUUGAUGAUACGCCUCCAGUUGCGAGGUUGGAUGCCGAUUGA